GCGUCACGGACAAACGUUUGGUCCAGGCCGAGACCCCACAAACGAAGUGCAUGUCGCACGAGACAUCAGAACUGGCUGUUGGUGGUCCCUGGAGGUGGUCCCCCGCUGUGGUCCCACUGCAUUGUGCAAAGCGGAAACGCGCAGUUCAAAUUUCUGUGGCGUCGGUAGUCAACCCCGACACGGGUGUGGCGAAAGGUGCUGCCUUUCGUUACCAUUUGUCCAUUGUUGUAGCUAGCAAGUGUGCGAUGGAUCGCAGGGGUUGGAUGGAUGAUGUCGUCGGUGGUUUCGACGGCGGUGAUAACAUGCACGAUGGACAGCUGAAUGCACGGCCCCAUCAAGGUCAGCAUGCACAAAGCAUGUGGCAGAGAAGCACUGCACAAAGCACUUGUUUUGUUUCUUGCCAUUGUGCUUGUGUCCAGGCGUCGGUAGUCAACCCCGACACGGGUGUGGCGAAAGGUGCCGCCUUUCGUUACUGUUUGUCCGUUGUUGUAGCUAGCAAGUGUGCGAUGGAUCGCGGGGGUUGGAUGGAUGAUGUCGUCGGUGGUUUCGACGACGGUGAUAACAUGCACGAUGGACAGCUGAAUGCACGGCCCCAUCAAGCGUACAAUGAAGGCACGGGCGGCUCGGAAGCGGGUGACGAAGAUGGUCAGGCAGAGCAAGGAACCGCCGUCCCUAUGGUCGCAAGUUGGAUGGGCGGGCAGGGUGAUGUUAACGGCCAGGGUGCGGGUGGUGGAGCGGUCGGUGGACGACCUGCGAAUGGCCGCCCACCAGCUCAGAAGAAGCCAAACGUCCCAUGGACGUUGGAUGAGCGGGUGAAGCUUGCAAUUUUUAUGGGUGAGGAUGAUGCCCUUAUGGCGGAUGCUAACGACCAGCACCGAUUCAAGCAGAGGAAAGACCGGUAUGCAUGGGUGAAUGAUAGGAUGGCGGACGCAGGCUUCAAGCACAUGAGCGGUGAAGACUGCCGCAAGAAGUGGUCGAACAUGCUAGCGACGGCCAAGCUCAUCGUCGAGAAGUGUGAAGAGUCUGGACAGCCGUCGUAUUGGGAUAUGUCUACGGAGGAACGAAAGGAGAAGAGUCUCUCGCUUUCGUUUGAGAAGGCUGUGUGGGACGCUAUGCAGUGGCAGCUAAAUCGGUCGUCGAUUAGGUGUGACAACACGCUGACCUCAGAGAACCUUCCGAGCGUUGGAACAGAUGCAACACCGGCAGGAGGAUCGGAUGGAAGAUGCGCGGAGGAGUCAGACAAUUCUGCUAAAUCGAGGCGGACAACCAGCGGGAAGGCGAGAAAGGAAGAUCCUGGCAGCAGCGUGUCGAGUUUGGGCAGGGCCAUGGAUUAUUUUUGAUUUUACUACGAUGGCCUGGACAAAGC